AUGCCACCAACACCCCCACAUUCACCAGAUAGUUAUUACGGGAUUGGACUAAGCGCUGAACAAGAGAGAGAAACAAUACGUAGAAGUAAUAACAAUUUUAAUACUGCAGCUAAUCCUGGAGAUAUAACAGCAGUUUACAGUUUUUCUGUAAAUCCACCGUCGUCCUCGUUGAAUUAUCACGUUGACUAUGAUAAUAAGCAGUGGCAUACUAUUGAUUUUGAGAAUGGUGUUAGAGAUGUAGAUUAUUUUGGUGAUUCGACAUUUGAUUAUGAAAGUGCGAUAAAAACCUCAAGACAGUUUCGUGCUUUGUCUCGCCUAACACUAACACAAACCAUACGAAACUGGAAAAUAAAUUUAAUAUGUGUCGUAGUCAUGCCUCUAAUACUGUUAAUAAUCAUGCAAUGCAUAAUCGUCGUAAUCAAUCCGACUAUUAAUGAUAAUAACGAUUCAAACCAACAAAGUAUCGUCUUUUGCUCGAAUUCCAAUCAAUUUAUGGAUACAACGUGGGGCAAUAUACCACGUCUAAAGCGAUCCCCGGACGAAUUGGAUAAAGAGAAAAAUCCCAUUAUAUAUGAUGCUGUUCGACCAUCUAUUCUUAAAGAUCCGUUUUUGGACUUGAAUACGCGUCAGGUUAAUAAUCCUCUUGAAUGUGCUAACGUUUUCGUGGGAGAGUCUAAUAAUUAUACUUUUGAGAGUCCGUAUUUUAUAAAUCCUGGUAGUGCUGCUGGUGAUUUUGAUUAUGCCAAACAUGACACGACAUAUUUACCAAAACCUAAUGGUGGCUGGAAUAAUUUUAAUAUCCGAUCAAUUUAUCCUACAAACGAUACAAUCUUGUACAAUAUAUCAACACAAACUUUUCCUUGGGGAUACGUGGUAACCGAUGAAGGAGUUCAAGACAUAAACAGUACCCUUAAUGACGAUCCAUCCAAUACAUCUCUACUCACACUGUUGAAUCAAACUACAAUUAGGUUUACAAGGAAGGAAAGUAGUGAUUUUUUGAAGGGAAUUCCAGAUCAAUAUUUCCAAUUACCAUUGGACAAUUCGACACAGUUAUCAAGUUUAAAAGGAAUUUUGAGUAAAAUUUCUCCUGGAAAUUCUCUUACCUAUUAUGCAGAUACUGGUAUUUUUAUUCGCUCUCCUCGGGCAUUAGCUGAGAAAAUUUUAGUCUCUAAUUUCAAUAGCAUUUUCGAAGACUUCAAAGACAUGGUUUUAAAGAAUACAUCGUUCCAAAUCGACCAAAGUACAUUACCACCUCCCCACGGUAUACUUUAUUUCGACAACAUCGACAGAGCACGGAGUCAAAUGUCGUAUACUUUACAAUAUGGUAAUGUACCAAUAGCACUUCAAGUGCUUGCAGCUCAAUUACCAGGCGUAUUGAAUAUUGCGAAUAAGAGCGACACAAAGUUUACUAUGGAUACCAUUAUCCAGCUGUUUUCCAAAUAUCCGAGUGCUGGAUUUCGACGUUUAAUUGCUGCUAAUCAGUUGUCGAAUGCUUUAGGAGCAGGAAAAUUAGAAAUUGUUCAUAAAUUACAGGCAAUGCCGCGACAAUUCUCCAUGGCAGAAAACAAACGAGAUGUUACUGCAAUAGUUGGAUCUGCAUUUUACUCUUAUGCUGUUUCUGCCAUUCUGCCAAUUGCUGUGAUUAUGCUCGUACGCGAAAAAGAAGAACGUGUUUUUAUUAUGAUGAAAAUGAGCGGACUAAACAAUUUCGCACAUUUCGUUAACCAUUAUCUGGAAUUUUAUUUACUAAUGUUCGUUAAUUGUAUCGUGUUUUAUGUCGCUGGGUAUGCAUUCAAGUAUACAUUCUUUACACGUACCGACCCACUUAUACUUAUUGGACUAUUGUCAAUUUGGUGUCACGUUCAAGUGGCAAUGUCGUUUUUGAUAAGUGUGUUUUUCUCAAAGAUGAAACGAGCUUUAAAUUUCAUAUUUGGCAACCCUCAUCCUCCACGUAUCUGGUACAUACACCCUUCAUUCGCGUUCUAUGAAGGAAUACGAAGAAUCACGGACGCUGCGUCGUUAAUUGGUAACCUACGACCAUACGAAUUAUCUUCACUUCAGACAAACGACGAAUUAUUCGUGAUUAUGAUGGUAUUGAUCGGUGAGACGGUUUUGAUGAUAAUUUUGAGUUUAUACUUUCAAUCAGUAUUACCAAGUGAAUAUGGAACACAAAAAGGAUACUUUUUCUUCAUCACCGAGCCAUUCGAGAAGUAUCGUCUGAAUCAGACAUUAAGAAAAAAUCGAAGAAACAGGCGCAAAACAACACAAAGUGUACUGUUGGAGCAGGCAUUGGGCGAUACGAUGGGAGACGAUGAUGUAAAAGCAGAAAGAUUACGCGUGCUAAGUGAAAAUUAUCCCAUCGAAUCCACUAAUCUUGUACUGGAAGAGUUGGUGAAAGUUUAUCCGGGUGGCAAGUUGGCCGUUGAUAACCUUACCUUUGCUGUCGAGGAAAAUGUAGUUUUUGGAUUACUUGGUCCGAAUGGUGCCGGGAAAACUAGCACUAUUCAUAUUAUGACGGGACUGUAUCCGCAGACUUCAGGUUCAGUUUAUAUUGACGGAAUUGAUAUUAGAUCAGACAUGGCAAAAGUUUAUACGAAAAUUGGUGUUUGUCCACAGAAUGAUUUACUAUGGCCAGACUUGACAAUCAAAGAACAUUUACUAUUUUACGCACGAUUACGAGGCAUCGAACCACACUUAGAAACGAAAGCCAUUAAUCACACAUUGAAUCUUGUCCGAUUGACUGAAUUCCAAAAUAGGCUUGUUAAAAGUUUAAGCGGUGGUGAGAAACGACGGCUGUCAAUCGCUAUCGCGUUGACUGGAGAUAGUAAAGUGGUGUUUCUUGAUGAGCCAACAACUGGUCUAGAUCCGGAUGUUCGUCGUACAAUCUGGAGCAUUAUCACGGAGGCAAAAAAAGGGAAAACUAUAAUUUUGACAACGCAUUCGAUGGAAGAAGCAGACGCGUUAUGUGAUAAACUUGGAAUUAUGGCUGAUGGACAUUUGCGAUGUCUCGGAUCUCCACUACACUUAAAACAAAAACAUGGGACAGGCUACCAAAUUUCCUUCAAUGUGAUCGCAACCGCCAGUCUCGACCACGCAUGCGACCGAAUAAUCGCACUUCUCCCUUACUAUAAUCAAAUUGAGAAAUUUCACACGACGGCCACAUACCAAUUUGGCACAGAGCAAGGGACUCUUUCGACGCUCUUUAAAGAGAUUGAACAGAAUAAGACCACUUGGGGAAUUCAGGAUUAUUCUAUUACGCAAAGCUCGUUAGAGGAUGUGUUUUUACGUGUUGUUAAAGCUGCUGAAGAAAGGUCACUUAUUGCGUAA